AUGGUCAUUACAAAUGCCCAAAACACUGCUUUCUUCACCCAUGAUGAUCAGAUGGCAAUCCCACCAGGAAUUUUCGAUCCCCAUCUGAAUCAGCAAGGCAUCACAACAAUAGAUUCGCUCAAGGAGUUCAAUGACGGCAUGCUUGAUGAUAUUCACAAGCACAUCACAAGACAUGGCCCUCCAAAUAGUGUCUUCAGCGCCCUGUCUCUUUCACGCCUCAAGACUGCUGCCUCUGCUGUCCGAUUUUAUCUUGCUACUGGCAGAGCGCUCACUGCAGCAUGCAUGAGAUGGACAAAUACACUCAUCAUGUAUCAAGAGGAGCGUGAAGCACUGAAGAUUGCUCAAGAGCGGGAAGAUCCAAAGGUACCCUGUGUCAGCAAAGCUUUGCCCAUCAUGAAAUGGCUUGCUGCCUUUAGAUCUGUCAUCCAUGAGAGCUAUGGUGUAAGAGGUUUCCCUCUUGGAUAUGUCUUGAGAGAAGACGCUGAUGUUCCAGCUGAACCACCACUUGCUCCGGAUCGACCAUAUUCUAUUGAACAUGGCUCGCUUGUUGCUGAAUUCACUGCUAGAGCAUCCCACACUCAUCCUAGGUUUCACCAGGAUAAUGCUCGAGUAUUUGCCAAACUGGAGGAAGCGCUACGAGGGACGACUUAUGCUUCGUCUUUGACCCCAUUUGAGCAGACAAGAGAUGGAAGAGGUGCCUUCUUUGCCAUUGUUGCUCAAUACCUUGGUAAAGAGAAGUGGUCUAAAGAAAUUGAAAAGAACACCGAUUUCAUUACUGUUCAAAAGUGGAAGGGAAACGGCACUUUUCCUUUGGAACGAUUCAUUGGAGGACACCGCAAUGCCCACCAGGCUCUCCUUACUGCCUCUCAACAUGUGGAAUACCAGAUUCCAAAUGAGCACACAAGGAUUGGAUACCUCCUUCGAGCGCUCCACACAACUGAUCCUGGGCUCCAUGCGACUAUUGCCAACAUUGAGGGCAACGAAGAUCCUAAUGGCCCAAGAUAUUCUUUUGAAGAAUGUGCACGAUUGCUCCAACUUGCCGACCCGGUUGCCAAGAAGAACAAGCGCAGUCACGCACAAAUUUCAGAUACUACUGUUACCAUUGAUGAAUCAGCCAACCAAACCAUUGAGAUUGCUUCUCUGAGAUCUGGAAUUGGAAAGACUGGCGUUCAUCUUCGUUUCUACAAGAAAAAGGAGUUCGACAAGCUCCCUGCAGAGCAAAGAGCUGAGCUCAAAGCUUGGCGUUUGACACCUGAGGGGAAGGCUGCAGUCGCAAGAGAUAGAGCUGCAAAGGCUAAAGCUCAUGGUGGAAACUCGUCUCCAAAGAAAGAAGGAAAAGUAUCGGCUGCUGCUUUUGAAAAGGAGCUGAAACGACGUGUCAAGCAAUACACUGAUGAGGAAGACAAGAAGAAAGGUCUCCAUGAUACUCUUGUCAGUGCACUCAAAACAGCCAAUGCCGCUAGCCAUGCGCCUGCUCCUUCUACAUCUGCUGAUGUCAAUGCUAUUGUUCUUGCCAAGAUUCUUGGGAAGAAACAUUGA